AUGGAGUCCGAAAAAGUCCAAGUCAUCAUCUGCGGCGGCGGUUCCGCCGGCCUCACAGCAGCAAUCUGGCUCGCCCGCUUUAACAUCGACUUCAAGAUCCUCGAACGUCGCCCAGGCCCUCUCGAGAUCGGCCAAGCAGACGGUGUGCAAUGUCGCACCGUUGAAAUCUUUGAGAACUUGGGUAUUUCUGAACGUCUUUUGGAAGAAGCGUAUCAUGUCAUGGAGGUAGCCUUUUGGUCGCCUGAUGAUAAUGAAGGACUUGUGCGAAAAGAUCUUGCUUAUGAUACGGAAGAGGGGUUGAGUCACCAACCGCAUGUUAUUCUUAACCAGGCAAGGAUGAAUGAUUUGAUGUUACAGGAGAUUAUUAGGUUGAGGGGGAAUGGGACAAGUGGGGUUUUGUAUAAUUCUCAGGUUGAAAGUGUGAGGAUUGUUGAUGAUGAGGAGUACCCUGUUGAGGUUGUCACCAUGCGGAAUGGAGAACCUUACCGGUACCGCGCAAAAUACGCCAUUGGCUGCGACGGCGCUCACAGCACUGUCCGCAAAUCUCUUGGCUUCAAAAUGGUCGGCGACUCAAGCGACUCCGUCUGGGGUGUCAUGGACGUCUACCCCGUCACCAAUUUCCCCGACAUCCGCAAAAAGGCCAUGCUUCAGAGCAAAAGCGACGGAAAUCUCAUGAUCAUCCCGAGAGAGGGCGACGAACUUGUGCGAUUCUACAUCGAGCUCUCCGGGACCUCGGCCCGUGACGUCACUGAGCAGGAUCUCAUCAACAAGGUCAAGCGAAUCUUUCACCCUUACGACAUCGAUAUCGCACGAACGGUUUGGUGGUCUGCUUAUGUCAUUGGCCAACGUCUCGCGGAUCACUUUACGAAGGACCAUCGUAUUUUUCUAACCGGUGAUGCUUGUCAUACUCACUCGCCCAAGGCUGGGCAGGGUAUGAAUGUCAGUCUCCAGGAUGGCUUCAACAUCGGAUGGAAGAUGGCCCAUGUUCUCACCGGCCGAGCACCGCCUUCAGUGCUGGAGACCUAUGUUCUUGAGAGACAACAAACCGCUCAGCAACUCAUUGAGUUUGAUCGGUCGUUCAGCAAAUUGUUCUCGUCUGAAUAUCGUAAAGCGAACGGGAUCACGGCAAAACAUUUUCGCGACAAGUUUGUGGAGGCAGGACGAUAUACAGCUGGCAUGGCUACCAAGUACAAGCCUUCCAUUGUGACAUCCCUGGAAGAAAGCGAUAAUAGCAUUGCAUCGGGAUUGACAGUCGGGAUGAGGUUCCCAAGCGCACCUGUUGUUAGACUGUCUGACACAAAGCCUAUGCAGCUGAACAAGAACCUUGCUGCAGAUGGGAGGUGGCAUCUUUUGACUUUUUGUUCCGGAGAUUUCGCUAGAAAAGGACUGCAUGAGGUCGCCAGAGAACUUGGUAAUCUCAUCAAGAUGUUCACCUCUGCUGGAGAUCCUGUGGAUAAAGUGUUCAGCCAUACCCUUCUCAUCAAGGCGGAGCGAAAGACCAUCGAGAUCGAUCAACUACCGGAAGUCUUCUUCCCUCACACAGGUCCAUAUAAUCUGAGAAAUGUUCACCGGGUCUUUGUCGACGAUACAAACCCAUACAUGCUGGGCUGCGGACAAGCCUUUUCAAAAUAUGGUAUCGAUGCGGAACAAGGCGCCAUUGUCGUUGUUCGACCUGACUUAUAUACUGCACGCGUUCUUAGCCUGUCUCAAGUCGCCGACCUGUUCACAUUCUUCAAAGGUUGUUUGAAUAGCAUUGGAUAG